AUGGCUCUCCACAACUUACCAUCCCUUGUAGCUCCUAAUAAACUUUGUCAUUCUGUCAUUUCUCAUAAGCCCUAUUCUGCCAUCCAUUUAGUCAAACUCACUAAGAAUGUCAUGCAUUGUUUUCCUUUGUCCAUCUUGCCUCAUAUGUAUCAGAUUUUCCAAGCCAUCCUUCCUCAUUAUGCACCCCAGAAACCUCAACUGUCUCUUCUGGAUGCUUUUCCAUUAGCAUGUUUUUCUUUUAUUUCUCUUUUAUUUUUUCUUUCAUUCAGCUUCUUCCUUUUUUUGUAUAUUCCUUUUUUUUUUUUACAUUGUUUACUUUUUUCUGUUUCUUUGUUCUUGUUUCAUUUUAUCUUCUUUUUUCCUUACAUUGCUUUGUCUUCCAUUUUCUCCUUACUUCUGUUCUCCUUUUCCUCAAAUCUUCUUUUACUAAAACCCAAUAAUGUCUUUGGGACUUAUUGCAAAUCAUCGUUGGUAGAUAUUCAGAUUUCUUAG